CAUUUGCUUCAUUGUGAAGGACCAAAGAAAGACCCAGAUCCUUGGAGAGUUGGGAGUUCGACUGAGUCCUGAGCCUGAGUCAUGGCCACCCGCCUUCCCAGAACAAUAGCAUCCUUAUCUAUGAUAAGGAGGUUAACGGCGGAGGAUUCCUCUUUUAUGGUUACAGCGGUGGGCCACGGCGGCUCUUUUAAUCUCAGGCGGGCUUCUUCUUCAUCAUCAUCAUCAUCCGAAUCGUCGUCGUCAAGUAAAUCGCCCAAGGCGGAAAAGAAGCUGGUGGACCGGCUAUCAGCGGUGAUAGACGCCGUCAAUGACCGAAAACUCCCUCCCGAGCUACGUGGCCAACGCAACGCCGUCAGGUCAGAAACUGAUAUAGUAAAUAUUGUUGAGCAAAGAAUAUGGCAUUCCAUGGAAGAAGGGCAGUUUGAGAAUUUACCAGGGAAAGGAAAGCCUCUUAACCUCAAUACCAAUCCUCAUGCAGAUCCGGCUGAAGAUACCUUGUAUAGAAUCCUUUCAAGGAAUAAUUGUGCACCGGAGUGGGUUGAACUCAACAAAGAGAUAAGGAGCAAUGUAUCUCAAUGGCGGUUAGCACUGAAGAAAGCGUGGACAAAUAGAUGCAACGGAGAUCACUCCAAAUGGGCUGAAAGUUCCCAAGCUCUGAAAAUCCAGCUACGGGACAUUAACAAUAAGGUUUUCCGAUACAAUCUGAUUGUUCCGUUUGGCCGCCAAAUAUUUGGACUGAAUUGGCAGAAAGAGUUGGAUCGUUUGGAAGAGUAAUGCAACUCCUUUUCUGUUUUAAAGAUCUACGUAGGAAAAGUGUGUUAGUUUUAGAAGAAGGCAAACUACUUAUUGUAUGGUUAUUACCUCUUUUUUUU